AUGAAGCAGCAGAGACAGAAGAGCAGCAGCAGCAAAGCUAGGGCUGCAUCUGCUAUUCCUUUUGUAGACCCUCUUUCUUUCAAGCCUCCUCCCCCUAAAAAGAAGCUUUUAAAUACACCGUGGGCUGUCUAUGGAAGGCCCCCCCCGCAGCAAAGAAGAAGAAGAGAUUCUGCUGCUGCUGCUGCUGCUGCAGGAGAGCAUCAUCUUGAUUUCUUUGAUAGGGCCCUUGAUAAUAUAUACACAAUUGUGGUGGGGCCCCCCCCUGAUAGCGGUGCCUCUUCUUCUGCUCCUAGCGCGAGAGACAAGCAGCAGCAGCAGCAACAGUCUCCUGCAGCAGCAGCAGCAGCAGCAGCAAGACACGACAACGCACCGCACUUGCUGCCAGCACAUUACCAGCAGCAGCUAUUUAAAGAAGCAGCACAUGCAUUUGCUGCAGGAGGGAGGCCCCCUGUACACCCCCGGCGUUCAUCAGCAGCAAACACCCACCGAAGCCCAUCACCUGCUGCAGCUGCUGUUGCAGCAGCUGCUGCAGCAGCAGCAGCAGCAUCAGCAGCAGAUGAGGAGGAGGGGCCCCAGGGUAAACCCCACAGACCCCAAAUGAGACGCUCUCGCCAAUCUUCUUUUACAGAAGCAUUAAAUGCUGCAGCAGCAGCAAACAACAACAACAACAAAGGUGUGGGGGCCCCCAGGGGGCCCCCCAACUCUGUACAGCCGGAAGGUCCUUCUGGGGGGCCCCCUGGGGGCCCCCCACUAUCUCCUCGGAGCUCUGUAAGAAGUCUACCAUUAGAUUUAAGUAAAGUGCGCAACAAACAUGCAAAGGAGACAGUCCCUUCACUGUCUCCAUAUGAACUCAACAAAAUCAGAGAAGAGGCACCCAGCGACACCUCAGAUGAUGAAGGGUCUCCUUCUUAUCUGGGGCCCCCCAAAUACCCCACACCAUACAAUCAAAGGUGGGGAGCCCCAAGAGGGGGCCCCCCAGGGGGGCCCCCAGUGGAGCCCCCAGGGGGACCCCAAAGGGGGGGCCCCCCAGGGUACCCUCCCUAUGGGGGCCCCCAGCCCAGUGGGGGCCCCACAGCGAAGGGGGAGGGUAUAGGGGCCCCCAAUGGCUUUAGUAAGAGAAGGGGCUCCCAGGAGGGGCCCCCCAUUGGGGGCCCUCAGGGGGGGCCCCAUGAGGGGGGGCCCCUUCAGGGCCUUCCAUCGAAUCCCCCUAUGGAAGGAGAAGAAAGGAGACAGUUGGAUGGUGGUGAAGAGACAGAGAAACAAAAAGGAGACAGUUUGUUUAGUGGAUGGCUGCCUGCCUUUAUACACGCUCCGGAGUUUUUUAACAAGACAAACAAAACAAAGAAAACCACAAACGAUCAAGCAGAGACAGAUGAUGAGGGGGGCUCCACAGCAGCAGCAGCAGCAGCAGGGGAGGGGGCCCCCGCGACAGCAACAACCCAUCGGGGGUCUCUGGGGCCCCCCCCAACAGACACCAGAGACAUCCCUAGGACGCCUAAAGCUGCAGAAAAAAUUAUCAAAGAAGCUGAAGCUGUACUCUGGGAGGUGGUGGGGAGACACCCCAAGCGUCAGCCGCAGCCGCAGCAGCAGCAGCCGCAGAAGCAGCAGCCGCAACAGCAGCAGCAGCAGCUGCAGCAGCAGCAGCAGCAGGUGACGAAGUUUCCUAGGCCCAGCAGCAGCUCAAAGAAGGGGCCCCCACCCCCUCCAUCUGCGGUAGUACAUGCGCUACAGCAGCAGCAGCAGCAGCAGCAGCAGCAGCAGCAACAGCAGCAGCAGCAGCAGCAACAGCAGAAGCAGCAGAAACUAAAACCUCCUCCCCCCCCAAAGUGGAAAGCCAAAAGUGCUGCAGGCCCCCCAGGGGCGAAAGGCAGCUGCAGCACUUCUUUUCAUAGCAACAAUAAUAAUAAUAAUAAUUAUAAUUAUAAUAAUUAUAAUUAUAAUUAUGAUGAUAGUUAUAAUCUUUAUGAUUAUAAUAAUACGAAGGGGGCCCCCUCUGUCCCCGAGGAGGGGCCCCCGUCCCUCUCGCAUGCAGCAGCUGAGGCCUCUUUUGUGCAGCAGCACAAGGCAGCAGCAAAACCCGCAAGCAGCAGCAGCAGCAGCAGCAGUAGCAGGGGCAGGGGGCAGCAGCGUGAAGGAGACAGUGCUGCAGCAGUUGCUUCAGGUGUCUCCUUAAAACCUUUGAGAGAGUUUCCGGGUGUCUCCGUUAAUUUCGAUGGUCUAUGGAGGAUUUGGCUGCAGCAGCAGCAGCUGCAGCAGCAGCAGCUGCAGGAGGAGACACUGCCGCCCCCGCACAUCCUUUCUGCUGCAGCAGCAAAUAAGGAGUCACAAGCAGCAGCAACAGCAGCUGUUGCUGCUGCUGCUGCUGUUGCAGCAACAGCAGCAGCAACAAGGCCUACAAAGGAGACACAAUCUACCGCAGCGGACGGGGGCCCCCAACAGGGGCCCCCAGAGACAUACAGGGUUUUACUAAACCCUAAUGCAGCAAAGGAUGGAGACUUCAUCUAUCAGGUAUAUAAGGAAGCACCACUGCAAGAUAUUGCUGCUGCUGUUGCUGCUAAUGAUGCUGCUGCUAAUGGUGCUGCAGCAGCAGCAGCAGCAACAGCAGCAGGAAAUGAUUUCACCUAUCCCCCGAUAGACAAAUCCUCAGGGGGCCCUUUUGCUGCUCAAGAACCCAUAGGGGCUGCUGCUGCCGCUGCUGCUGCUGCAGCUGCAGCAGCAGCAGCAGCAGCAGCAACAGCACAGCCCUUUGACAACCUGUGGGAAAUUAUGCAGCAAAACCAAGUGCAGCAGUAUUACUGA